GGCACGGGCAGCAGCGAGAGAAGGGAGAGAGCGGAACGUACCCAGGGUAAAGGAUGCCCGGGACAAUGGCACCGGUCCAUUCCCUCCCCCGCCUCCUUUCCUCCGCAUCGUGAUGAACGCCGCCGGGGCGGCCGCCCGCAGGAUGCCGUCGGCGGCCCGGCGGGGCGGAGGCUGGGCAGCCCGCUGCCAGGCGCUGCUGUUCGGCGUGUCGGCGCUGGUCAUCGUGGCCGAACGGACCGCUCUCAUCUACUGUAUUGGGUUUUACCUUUGGAACGAGGAGACGCAGUGGGCGGGCAUCACUCUCGGCCUUUUUCUACCGGGAACCGCAGUUCAGCUGCUAAGUAUGAAAUGGUACUACGACGACGGCGAUGACAGGCGCUGCUACCUCUCCGUCAUACACAUACUGCACUUGGGCAUCUUCAAAAGGUUUUGGGACUGCACGAGGUCCGUGUUGCGCAUGCAGGACUCGGUGGCCGAGCUGGGAGCCGCUGUCAUGCAGCAGGCAGACGUGGCUGCUCUUUGGUUGCUGGAGGCCCUCGUCCUCACGCUGCCCCAGAGCCUGCUGCAGGCUCAUGUGGUGGUGUCCACUGAUGUGGGCAUCAUGUCCCCAGUGGCCUAUUGCUGUGGUCUGUGUGUGCUGUCUAUUUCCUGGGCCUUGGUGCUGUACAGCCGAGCCUGCUGUCUGAUACGACCGGGCCACCUGGCCAUGCCUCCGGCGGCCCUGCUGUGCCAGCUGGUGUGGAGGGCUGGCAUGCUGGGGGCGAGGGUGACUUGCCUCAUGUUUUUCGCCAGGGUCUUUAACUGGUGGGUCUGUGGAGUAGCAGGUUUCCACUGGCUCACCGCCUCCUUCUGGCUGGUGUCCCAGCAGCCAGACAUCUGCACCGGCCCCUGGUGUUGGCGCGCCUUCAAUGGCGUCAUGGGGCUGGUCCACGUCUUCCUCUUCCUCAACGUUAAGGACGGACCCUCGCGCUUUCGCAUGGCCAUUUUCUACGCGUUCAUGCUGGUGGAGAACGCCACUCUGCUGCUGGCCGCCUCCGACUUCCUCAGCGAAGCAUCGUGGGACAGCAUGACGCUUCCCGCCACCGUGCUGUGUAGCUUCCUCCUCGGCGCGACCUCUCUCGUCCUCUACUACAGGUUCCUCCACCCCAAGUCAACGGAGAUCUCCCAGGGUACCAACCACGACCACAUGGGCAGCACGUGCAUGGAACGAGAGGAGUCCUCGUUCUCCUUCGGGGACAAAAGUCUGCCGGCCGCCUCGGUUCAAAACCACGGCAGCUUCUCGCUCUCGGGUGUGGCUGGUUCUCUGCUGGAGCACCCGGGAACCUGCGGGGGGGGGCGAGCCAACGGCUCCUGUCCCUGCUACCACCACCACUGGCUCCUGAUCCGGCUGGCCCUGAAAACGGGAGACCUGGGGAAGAUCAACGCGGCGUACGGGGCCGGCGGAGCGGCGGCCAUACUGGAUAUGGAGGAGUACCGCCAGCACUUUAAGAGCAACGAGGGCAUGACCAUCACGGCGGGGGGCAGCUGCGAGGGGGUCUCCGCGUCCGAGUCGCAGGGGAAAGGCCCGGCACCUCUCUCGGACUGCAAAGACGAGUUCCAGAGUGUGAGCGAGCCCACGUCCGGCGACAACCAAGAGGAGGAGGAGGAGGACGACAGCCUGGAGAUGGAGAGCCCGAUGGAGUCGCCCACGUCGGACUUCAAGCGGAGCUCGCCGGAGGGCAAGUCCGUGUUCGGAGACAGCCCGGAGCCGUACUUCUGUCCCACCGAGUCGAGUUCCACCCUGUACUUCAGCGCUGACCCCCAGUCCCCCAGCAGUGCCAGCACCACCCGCUUGGACCGGGACACGGGGGGUCUGGAACUGUGGGUCCCCCUCAACUCGAUUCCCAGCGACCCGGCCCUUCACAGAGACGUCCGCGGGCUCAUGGGCCGGGUGGGGCCACGCUGCACCUCCGCUCCGAAAUUGGACUCCGGAGCGCUGCACUCUGCGGCCACCGUCCCUCAUCUCACUGGCCCCAGGAGGCAGCUCAUAAUGUCGCGGAGGGAUGAAGAGGACAUCUUCUAGGUCUCCUUGGACGGAAUCCAGGGAACGAGGCACACCAGCUUUUUGGAAGGCGGCUUCUCCAAUCCGUCUAUAUAUAUAUAUAUAUAUUUAGUAGGUUGUGGGGCACAGCAUUCUUAACCGUUUUGGUAUCGUGCUAAACGUACCUGCAUUCGCCUCAAACCACAAAAAAACGUUUUUUUAAAGCUUAUUGCUUUUUGCCAAUUGCUGGACACGCAGAAAGCUGAAAACUUCAGCACUGUUUUCAUCAGACAUCAACGAGGGAGUUAAAGGUGAAACGGUAGUACGCGGAGCUGUGUCACACCGUCUACCCGACGAGACAUUUUAUACUCUUUUGGUAGGUAGCGAGCAAACUUGGGGCCUCAAGAAUUAAACUGUGAAACAAAGGGAACAGUGGUCCCGCCGUAUGGAGGAAGUAGCCAUGAGUUGUAUCAACAAACGCGCUUGGAAGUGUGCAGCUGUUUAUAGAAUCUUGAACAAUUCAAAUAUUAUAUACCGAAGCUGCUGUUGUUCAUGUUAAUAAUUGCCAGCGGUUAUGCGACUAGGGAAACUAUUCCUAGAUCAAAAGGGGGACACGUUUGUGACUGACCUCUUAAUCUUUACCAUCUCAGCACAAGUCCGAGCUUUGUUGGCUUCUUAAGAGCACAGGUAUCUUCCGUACCAAAUGUUUAUUGCUGUGAUUUUUUUCAUAUUCCCAUAUUAAGAAACAAAUGCCCGGUCCCUUCAGGGAAUAAUAAACUGUAUUUUUCGUAUAAUCAAUCGUUUGAGCAGGACUAGUUGAGUCCACCUGGUAAAAACUGUGUUUGAUGUUUUAUCUUUAUUUACAUGUUGAUCAUGGAAUUGCUAAGAUGUUGUUUGGAUUUACAAUUUGUUGGGAAAAUAAUUCUCAGGCACUGACUUUAAAGCCUUUCAAAUGUGUAGUGUAAGACAUUGAAAAGAUGCAAAUGGGGUUCUUGUAGUGACUUUUUUAUGUGCUCUAUAUCAGUGGUUCUCAACUGGUCUGGCUCCGGGACCCACCAUCACCCCUUAAUGACAAGCCCAAAUCGAGGAACAUUCUCAACAUCUCAAAUUUAUUCAAAAUCAAGUUCAUGAGCUGAAUUUUACAUUCAGGAUGUUUAAUUAUCCUAAAAACCCAAUGUCUCCCCCAUAUCAGAAUGGUUUGACCUAACCUGGCACAAGCUGCUGAAAACAUGGACGGACGAGCCUGCAAAAAACCGACACUCCGCUGCAUUAAAAAAAGUCCCUUCAAAAUAAAAUCACACGAUGAAUUUCUUUUUCUAAUUUUUAUUUUCCCAUGCGGGUCGCGACCCACCAGUUGAGAAUCACUGCUCCAUAUGAUGCUUUUUCUAGGGCACACAUGCAUUUUGCUCAUUACUGCUCUGAAAAGGGGUGAAAUCCACAGACAAAGCAGUGAGAUGAUGCUGGGUUUUCUCUUGCUCCAGACUGCCUUUAUGAAAUUUUGAAAUGUAAAGUGAAAGGCCACUGGUGGCUUAAGAUAAGCAAUAAAUAACCGGCAUAUUGGGGUGACAAA